AUGGAAAGUAAUUUCAUGGAAGUGGCUAUAGAACAAGCGAGAAAAGCAUUAUUGGAAAAGGAGAUUCCUGUAGGAUGUGUUCUUGUUCGUAAUGGUGUAAUCAUAUCAGUUGGUAGAAACCAAACUAAUUUAACUAAAAAUGCCACCAGACAUGCUGAGCUUGUUGCUCUUGAACAAGUUUUGCUUGGAUUCGGGUCUAAUAGUAGAGGUUAUAAUAAUCUAAAAGUAUCUAAAGAAGUUACCGAAUUUUUCAUGGAGUGUGUGUUGUAUGUCACCAUUGAACCUUGUAUAAUGUGCACGGCGGCCUUACGAUAUUUAGGUGUUCAACUUAUAUACUACUGUGCGAAGAAUGAACGAUUUGGCGGUUGUGGCUCAGUAUUGAAGUUGCAUCUUCAUCCUUUAUAUGCCUUUACUAGAGUUGGUUAUAGCGACUAUAGUGAGUAUGACAAUGACAACAAUAACGAUAUUAGAAAGGCUGAAGGUGACGGAUCUGAUAUAUCGAACCAUCCCAAAGCGUGCAGUCGCAAUUCGGAUGAACAAAGUUUUAAUUGUCUUCAUUUGGUAGCUACGAGAGUGUACAAAAAAGGUUGUAAGUGUUUAGUAGCCAGUGGUGUCGUUUUAGAGUUGCAAAAUAUAGCUGUGUCGUCAGCAUAUUGGGCUAGAGAUACAGCAGUUGAUCAGAGGACGUCAGUCAUGCAAAUCGAGAAUUGA